AGACUGUGCACACAAAAGGGUGGAGUCGGUGCAGUGGGUUUUUUUCUCAACCAAGGGGAUCCUACCUAGACUUGAUGCGCCGGAAAGGAAUCCAAGGUGAGGUUUCCAGGGAAUUACGCAAACCACACAGGAACGUGCUUCUAGCCUGAUUUGAAAUUGGACCCGACUGAUUUUAACUUGGUAACAUUUAGAAGAGGUAGCCAGUUUAUGUGCAGUCAUGGAGCGCACCGCCGUGUCCCUGCAGCGCCUCCAGCCUUCGCCGCGAGCAGCGCGUAAAAGCGAGUGGCUCCGGAGCGUCCUGGCCCAUCACCACUGUCCCGAUCCCGGCGUGGAAAACGAGAUCGUCGUCUUGGCCACUGGAAUAGACCAAUACCUGCAGGAGGUCUUCCACCACCUGGCCUACCCCAACCGGGACGAUACGGUGUCGUCGGAGGACUUCACCGCGCUGUGCGCCGUGCUGGGACUCACUGGGGCAGAGAAAGGAAAGAGGGCGAUGAAAGGAAAGGAAGGAACUGGAGAUGGAUUUAAAGAAGAGGAGGAUGAAGAGUUUAGGGAUGUGUGCUCUGGUCUGCCCUGUCAGCUGUCCUUUAAAGACUUCCACUCGCGGCUCUGUGGGUAUUUCCGUGUGCGCAGUGCGCGCAGAGGCACCGGGGAGUGCGCCUGGCGCCUGCCCGUUACUGAGGACACGGAGCUGGUGGAGCGACAGAUCCGGCUCCGGUGGCCGCGUGUCAGACGGAGAAAAUGUGUGAGUUUCGAUCUGACGAGGGAUCAGAAUGGAGCCGUUAACAGAUCAAUGAAAGGUCGAACCGCAGAACACCGCGACUCAGAUGAGGUAGCAGCUUUGAGGGAACUGGUGGAGGACCUCCGCUCGGCGCUGCAGGGGAGCGACGCUCGCUGUCUGGCCCUGGAGGUGGCCCUGCGACGGGAUAGGAGCCGCGCCCUGCCCUCACCUUCUGGUUUCACCUCCACAGUUUCAACUCCUUCAACUCCGACCACGACUUCCAUCACUCUCAUUCAGGGAAAACUGGUACCAACACUCAGAAUUAAAGGGCAGUGCAGUAGCGCUGGAGGAGAAGGGGCGAGGAGGGUGGCGAGGAGACGGGACAUCAAGGACCCCCUUCUGAGGGAGCUGAAGCUGAUCCGCUCCGCGCGUGAUGGGCAGCUGGAGGAGGCCAUCAAAUUCAAUGAGCGUCUGGAGCAGGAGCUGCGAUGGGCGUACCAGGAGGUGCGCAAGCUUCAGGGGGUGGAGUCUGCACUGAGGAAGGAGAACGCUCACAUCAGGAGGCGGGCGGAGGAGGCCAGGGAGGCUCUGAGUUUGGGGCUUGAGAGGGUUCGGAUGAUCCAGGAGCAGGCCCAGUGUGUGCCACAGCUCCAGUCCAAGAUCACCCAGCUGGAGACCGAACUACACCAGUACAGAUCCCAAUGCAUCUGCAUCCCUGACCCCACCCAUCAACAGACCUACCCAAUCGGAACAGAAGAUGUCUGCAGCAAGACAGAUGCAGAGUGUCUGCAGAGAGCAGUGGAGGGUAGAGCUGCCUCUGAUGAAGAGGAAGACGACCGGGGGAUGAGGGAGGAAGGACAGUGCAGCCUGUCGGAGGGGAAGAAGCACAUGAGCCGGAUGCACAGCUGUGGCAAAGGAUGUCAGAGCCAUGCAGUCCACCAGCUUCCCUCUCAGAGUCACCUGCAUGAUAAAAACCUCAUCAGCACUUUUAAGGACAACAGGGGGCGCUGCAGCUGGAAGGGACAAAACCAAGAGCAGCCAGAGGGAAGCAGAGGUUGUGAAAAAGAAAAGAGGCCCGAGGAAGAGGAGGACAAGACGAGGCUGAGGGAGAAAGAAAAGACACGUCUGUCUUUGCUGGAGAAGAAACUCGCAGAUGCCCUAACACUGCUGCUACAGCUACGCAACAAGAACGUGUCGCGCAGGGCCCUAGGGAAGAUUGUGAUGGAUACUCUGGACGUGUGCAGUAGGAGCGGGGACGGUCCGUCUCAGGUCCUGCAGGUAGCUGACGCCCUCUGUGUCCGCCUGUCCUCCAGGGAUCUCCUUGGAAACGGAGGGGGCGAUGAAGCAGGAGACAGCAGAGAGAAACUCCUGCUUCCAUCCUCUGGGUGUCAAACCAGCAGCGUCAACCCUCUGCUCAUCUCCUGUUAGAUAAGCUACUGCGGUGCUACUUUUAGUUGAUCCUUUAACUUUCUUUAUCUUUUGCCUGUUUGCACCCAUGUAUGUUGUGUAUCCUAAUUGUUUUAACUAAUUCAGUGUAUUUAAAAAAUAAUCUUAUUUACUUAUUUACUACAAUCCAUAUGUGUUCUAUUUUGCAUCUAUUUAAUUUGAAUGAUUACAUUUUUUUUAGAACCCUUUGUUCAUUGUGUAAGUUAAUAUAUAAAGCUCUGACAUCAUGAAACA